AUGUCUCAUUCUAGUGGAAACAACGGCUCGACACCAAAGCCCAACUAUAACAAGCACUUCCCCUGUAGUUUUAUGUUAAACUAUGGGGAAGCGCUCGCCAACCUCAGCGACGACAAGAUCAUCUGUCGUCUGUUCGACUGGAACUGCGAGUGGCUCUCGCGGCCGAACAUAGCCAUAUCCGAAAUGGCCAGUACCCAAAAGGACAACUGGACCAACAUAAUGGCCUAUAGAGGAACCGUCUUCACUGAAGACUUUGUUGACGACCUGCGGGGCUUUGUCGAUCCCAUCACCGACGCCCUAAGACGUGUCCACAAAAAAGACAAACUAGACACAGAUCCCCCGGAUGCCAACGAUGUUCUCCAGAUCCUCAAAGCCAUAAAUUUUGAUCCUUGGGUGGAGGACCUUUUUACAGAUGCGUUCAACGCCGUUUGGCCCGUGCUCAUGAUGGCAAGCUCGUGAUCAACUGCCUGAUGCACAACCCGGACGUGCUCGCAGAGCGCACCGUCCGAGCUGCCACGUCCGAAAAAUUUAAGGCAGACCCAACCUUCAAAAACAUGAUGAAAUAUCUAAUAGACAUCUUGAUGAUGCGGCGCACCGUGAAAAGAGCCACAAACGAUUGGGAUUCAGCUGCAUAUUUGCAAGACGAUGAGGACGACAGCCAUCAGCAGCGGCCCAGCAGAUCGGGAAGAACCCUGGCACAUCCCCAUCCAACAAGCCAAGACUCAUCUGCUGGACCAUUCACAUCCAGAAGACGUGUGCCCUCAACCUCAACAGACAGAGGUAGGACUUCAAGGAGACAUCCACCCAGCCUUGAAGUCAGUGGCAUCACUGCGCUAGCCAAGAGCGACGACGAAGAGGACCAACUGCUGGCGAGGCCAAGACAAAAAACCAGAUAUCAGCCCAGCCCUCUGGACAAAGAAGACGACUUGUCCCAAGACAAUGAACUGUGA